GAAACGAGACUUCAGUGAACCUAUCAGGUCAGACCUUCACUCUGGUGCAUGAAGCAACAGUUUGUAAACGAUCGGGGUCAAAGGUCAGUGAGGGAAUCACAGCAGAACGUCCCAGAGAAAACCACUGGAUUACUUUAUGUAAAGAUGGCACCGUUUGUAUGGGACUGUCUGUCCUGUUUGCUUCCUUCCCUGUUUCUGUUCCUGCUGAGUCUCGUCCUCCGCUGGCUCAGAGCACGUUGUCGGACAGGACGGGCGUCCAUGACUGAAGAAGAACCCACGCUCAUCUGCAAAACCUCUGCACUGGCCAAAUAUCUGCUCCGCCACUGUGGCUCUCUGGCCAGGCCGAGACCGGCCGCCUGGCCCAGGGGAGACCCCCACCUCCAGACCCUGUCCGCUCUGCUGUGUGGACCAGCAGGAGACACAGUAGAGUUCACCAGGGACAAUCUGCUGCUGAGAGACGGGGGGAUUGUAGCGGUGGACUGGGCUCUGGAGACCGGACUGGCUGAGAGGAUUGGGAGGGGGAGGUGGGAGGGGAGGAAGGAGCAUCAGUCGGGGGGAAAGGCGCUGGGUUGUUUCACCUCGACGCCUCCUGUCCUUCUCCUCAUCCCUCAUUCAUGGGGAGGGGUGAGCCCUCACUUGAAGGCCCUGUGCCAUCAGGCCAUACGUCAGGGCUUUGACGUGGUGGUGUUCCACCCCCGGGCCACAGCAGGGUGCCCGCUGACCACAGCACGACUCACUGAGUUUGGAGACCCGGCUGAUCUUGAGCAGGCAGUGACCUACAUUCACAGCCGCCACCCGUCCUCCGAGCUGGUGGCGGUGAGAGGUUCAGGUUCAGGAGUCCUUCUCUCCUACCUGGGGAGUGGAUCCAGCACAUACCUGACUGCAGCUGCUGCCAUCUCACCUGUGCUCCUGGGCCAGCUGUGGUUCCAAACAGCCAUGCCUGCCAUUUAUCGCUGGGGUGCGCUGUUUCACCGGAAACUGCAGCUGAGGAGAUACGCAAACUCCUUCAGAGGAGUUGUGGAUGUGGACCGGGCCCUCAGCUCUUUCCUGAGAGACUUUGAAGAAGCUCUUUACUGCUCUUCGGCCCAACUUCCAGAGAAACCUCCAGUAAACUCUCUAAACAGCUCUGGACUGAGCGGCCUGGGCACUGGGGAAAGGGCUCAGCCAGCCGAGGACUGGGACAGCUACUGGGAGAGGAACGAACCCCUGAGAGAUGCAGAUGAAGUGGGUCCCGUGCUCUGCAUCUGCAGCCGUGAUGACCCUCUCCUCCCUCCUGCCUCCACUCUACCCAUCGCCCUCUUCCAGAGCAAUACCCUUCUUCUGGUGUUGACGGACAAAGGAGGGCACUGUGGAUACUCGAGACCGACAGGAGAUGGAGGGAGGAAGGGUGAGAAUAAGGAGGUGAAGGAAGGUAGCUGGAGUCACAUCGCAGUUCUGGAGUACUUCAGAGUGGUGGCUGAUUUCCUAAGAGGUGAGAGGAGGGAUGGGACAAGCUGGGGGUCACUGGGAAACAUCCAGGCUGGGCAGAGGAACAGGGGCAGCACCAUGGCCCCUCUCCGCAGGAGGAGAGCCACCGUGAUGAGGAGGCCGAGACCUCAGGCACCAGAACCGAGCAGCGUGGAUGCAGAAGGAGAGAACUUCACCUGGAAGAGGUCCUAUACACGCUGAGGAUGAAGAUGGUGGAGGAUCAGAAAGAUUCUAUUGACUUUUGGACUUCGUCAAUCAAACGUCUGGAAGAUAAAAGCAGCCAAGUAAUGGACAGCUAUUGGAAAAGAUAUUUUAGUUCAGGAGACAAAAAAAACGUUUUUUCUUCAACAAUUAUUCAUGUUGAUCAUGUGGAUAAUGGGUUAAGACAAACUAAUAUCGCUCAUGAUAGAAUAAAUGGUCCACGAUAACGAUAUCACCAUACAGCGAUUCUGCAGUAAUCAUGCAAGACAAUCGUAUAAUGACUCAUCACGAACUAAACAAAAUGCCCCUAAAGAGUUGAAGUGCAGGAUUCAUUCUGUAAUUUAGUGUCAGUUUCAGAGUUUGACACAAACUGAGAUGAACCAAUGGACAAAAAAUUGCAUAAAGUUGAAAAUUCUAAUGUC